GCGGUGCUCAGCCCGAGCGCGCAGAGGCGCGUGUCGAAUCCGCCCUGCGGCCGCGAAGAGAAGAACUCGCCGGAGAGUGUGAUCUUAAGCAAAUUAUUCCAUCCUUUCACUUUCCUGUCUUGAUGAAUGGGGAGCGAGGCAGAUGGCCACAGCUUCCCCUCUCUAGCACCCGGAAGGCCAAGGAUAUUAUCAGUGCAGCUCGGGAAAGCCUUGCGAAGAUGAUAGGUGGGAAACCUGAAGACAUAAUCUUCACUUCCGGGGGCACGGAGUCAAAUAAUUUGGUAAUCCAUUCUGUGCUGCAGCACUUCCACAAAGUCCAUGCCUCAGAGGGGGCCACGCCCCACUUCGUCACCUGCACCGUGGAGCACGACUCCAUCCGCCUGCCCCUGGAGCACCUGGUGGAAGAGCAAGUGGCUGCGGUAACCUUUGUCCCGGUGUCCACGGUGACCGGGCAGGCAGAGGCUGACGACAUCCUGGCUGCUGUCCGGCCAGCCACGUGCCUCGUGACCGUCAUGCUGGCCAAUAAUGAGACCGGCGUCAUCAUGCCCAUCCCUGAACUCAGCCGGCGAGUUGCAGCUCUGAACCAGCAGAGGGCAGCCUCGGGGCUGCCUGGCGUCCUCCUGCACACGGAUGCCUCCCAGGCCUUGGGGAAGCAGCGCGUGGACGUGCGGGACCUGGGCGUGGACUUCCUGACGAUCGUGGGGCACAAGUUCUAUGGUCCCAGGAUUGGAGCACUUUACGUCCGCGGGCUCGGCAAACAUACCCCUCUGCACCCGAUGCUGUUUGGAGGUGGACAGGAACGGAGUUUCAGGCCGGGGACGGAGAACACCCCAAUGAUUGCCGGCCUUGGAAAGGCCGCUGAGCUGGUGACAGAGAACUGCGAGGCUUAUGAGGCUCACAUGAGGGACAUUCGCGACUAUCUGGAGGAGAGGCUGGCAGCUGAAUUUGAUAAGAAGACUAUCCAUUUCAACAGCCAGUUUCCAGGGACUGAGCGACUCUGCAACACGUGUAACUUCUCCAUCAGGGGACCCCAGCUCCAAGGCCGCUUGGUGCUGGCACAGUGCAGGACGCUGCUGGCCAGCGUGGGGGCUGCGUGCCACUCGGACCACGGGGACCGGCCGUCCCCGGUGCUGCUGAGCUGUGGCAUCCCCUCUGACGUGGCCAGGAACGCGCUCCGGCUCAGCGUGGGCCGUAGCACCACCAGGGCAGACGUGGACCUCGUGGUCCAGGACCUGAAGCAGGCCGUGGCCCGGCUGGAGGGCAAGGCCUAGUGCCGAGGCCACCUCACAGGCAGCCUUUCUGAGGGCUGCGCCAGGGUGACACUUCUUGAUUUGUCCAUGUCUCCAUUUUGUCUCAGAGUGUCUGAGCGCAGUGACUGGGGUUUGUGUGUACUCUGGGCUCUGCCCACCCCCGUAUGCAGGUCAAUGAGGAGGGGCUCUGCUCGGCACACAGACCCCACAGGUGCUUAUGGGCCCAGGACACACACCUGCACAGCCUGUCACUCUCGCUGCUGCUGAGUGGCCCAGGGUGAAGUGGAAACACUUUAGCUGUGACCACACUGCCCUCUAGGAAGUAGGCCGAGCCUGUUCCCAAUGUCCCCUUCCUGGGAUGUGGCAUUUUUGUCCUGAAGAUAAAGUCCUAGUAUUUAUAAUCAGUUGCCAGUUGCUAUUAAUGUCAUGAAAAUAGGAACCCUGAUUUUUGGUUUUGCUCAUGGCCUCCCUGUAAAUGUCUGUACAGCGGUUGGUUUACGCCGGCGCCCCCACCCCCGGCCCUUCUCAAGCCCUUUCCAGACAGGCCCUCUCUCUGCUCAGUGUCCGCACUUGCGAGCCCUGCGGUCUCCAGGCUGCCGGCCACACCGCCUCCCCACCAGUCUCAGGCCCCAUCUGUCCUCUCCCCGUUGAUCAUUUGCUCAGGGUCUCAGCCCAGAUGUCACCGAGUCGUGGGGUGGCCGCUGCUUAUGUGGCUCUGGGUCGUUCCUGAGGUGGAAAGCCGGUUCACCCCUGACUCGGCCUUCACCUUCAUUUUAUCUGCAGGAGAAUUCUUUAUCAUGGCAGAUGCUUUGUGCGUUGUGAUACACAGCAGAUGUCACUUACAUAGGAACGACUUUUUAAUCAAAUAACGCUGAUCGUGUGGUUGUAAGGUGCAAAGAACUGCACGAUGACAUUGAGGAAACAAUGAUGAGAAAUUAAAUGAACUAAUGAAAGAUUUUAGCCCCGUA